AUGGCAGAAGGAGUCUGCAAGACCGAAGAGGAUGAAGGACUAAGUACCGAGGAGGAUUCGGAAUCUUUCCACGGUGUCGGCGUAUGUAAAUGGUUCAACGUGCGCAUGGGCUUUGGGUUUUUGUCCAUGACCAACCGAGAGGGGGUCCCGCUCGAGUCUCCGGUCGAUGUGUUCGUCCAUCAGAGUAAGCUGCACAUGGAGGGCUUCCGCAGCUUGAAGGAGGGCGAGGCGGUCGAGUUCACCUUCAAGAAGUCAGCCAAAGGCCUGGAGUCCCAGAGAGUCACUGGGCCAGAGGGCACACACUGUGUGGGCAGCGAGAAGAGACCCAAAGGCAAGAGCGUCCAGAAACGGCACUCCAAGGGAGAUAGGUGCUACAACUGCGGAGGCCUGGACCACCAUGCCAAGGAGUGCAAGUUGCCACCCCAGCCCAAGAAGUGCCAUUUCUGCCAGAGCAUUUCCCACAUGGUCGCCAACUGCCCAAUCAAAGCACAGCAGUCCUCGCCACGUUCUCAGGGAAAGCCCUCCUCCUUGAAAGGGGACGAGGAGGAACACGGCCACUCGGCCCCUCCCCCCGUGAGCUCCGAUUGA